GCAACUUUGCUGUUUCAUCAGGAUUAAUCAAUCCCAAGACAACAUGUGACACAACCAACGGAUGGAGUCCUCACAGCUCCCACUGCUACAAGAAGAUGACGACAACCAACGGUUGGCUGGGGGCUCGUUACGACUGCCUCUUGGAGCGCGCCGACCUUGUCUCCAUCACCACCGAGGACGAAGAAAUCUUUGUGAAGGAGCAAAUGGGCGACAAGCCGUUCUGGAUCGGACUCUCCAAUCUGAACUGCGACGAGGACGUGUGUGAGUUUUUGGAAGCGGGAGAAAAGAGGCUGACUUGGUCCGACACCGCUGUGACGCCGACCUACGCCAACUGGGACUCGCGUCAAGACGGAAGCGCCGACGUUGGUUCCUGCGCGUACGUCAACCAAGGUGUGCACCUCUCCAGUCAGCCUGGAAAGUGGAGACAUGGAUCGUGCCAAUCCUCCUUGGUGUACAUGUGCGAGCGGUCGCCCGACGACUGCCCGGACGGAUGGCCGUGUUCCUUCAGAGAUUUGGGUUACAGUUACAGUCGAGUUGAGACUUCCUUCUGCGACGCUGGCGAGUUCCUGUACAGGGACUCUUGUUAUCUUUUUGAGGGCAGGAACCUGACUUGGGAAGCGGCUGAGGAUUUGUGCAAAGAAAAGAAAGGUCUCUUGGCCAGCGUCCACUCCCUGGUUGACGGACAAUUUUUGUCUGCUCACGAGCGAGAAGGAUUUCAUUCUUGGGUGGGACUCAAGAAUAGCACAGCCCAAUUGGAGUGGCGCGACGGAUCAUCUACAAAUGAAGCUGUCAUGUGA